AUGUCAUCGUCCGACAAACCAACUCUAUCGUCUUCACCAUCCAACUCCACUCGUAAUCCACCUGCUCCUACUUCAUCACGACCAAUCCCAACUGCCAACUUGAACAACCUUUCUCUGUUAUCCGAAUCGUCCACAGGAAGCUGGGAAAGAGGAAGGAUGCACGGUAACGCCCGAUCACCCCCAACUCACACAUCAAGCUUGGAAGCUGGCUUACCCGGUGCUCCCGGUUCUUCCUCGGCGGAGGGAGGGUUGAAUAAACCUUGGCCAGCUAAUCAAGGAUUGAGUAAACCUGAUCCAGCAACUGGCAGAGUCAAAUUCCAACCUCAAUCUAACAUACCUCAUUAUUCCCGAACACCAAGAGAAGGAUAUGGUUUUAGACCUACAUCCGGAUCUACUACACCUACUACCUCUGCUUCUGCAUCUGCCUCGGGAAGCUUGGCAUACCCUUUCCCAUCGAUACAUCGCUCAACGAGAGAUGACGAAGAUGAUAUGGAUCAUAGACCGGAUGGUAGAUCCAUGGAUGAACUGAGAACGGAAGUCAGAGAUGAAUUGGAUAAGAAUGGACUGUUGAUUCAAGCUGCUAGGGGGGUUGUGAAGGAUGUAGCGGGAAAUGAGGGUGAGGAAAGAGGAAUUGCUGAUGAAGAAGGAUUGGGUUGGCCAGCCAAAUCUACCCAUCUCCGACUUCAUUCAUCGCCAACUGAGAAAGCUGCCAAUCUCCAGUUACUCUCUUCGGCCAUUCGAACGGUUCUAGAAUGUAUAGGUGAAGACCCAGAUAGAGAGGGAUUACAACGUACGCCCGAAAGAUACGCCAAGGCUUUGAUGUGGAUGACAAAAGGAUAUGAAGAGAGAUUGGUAGAUGUCAUUAACGAUGCAGUCUUUGCUGAGGAUCACGAUGAGAUGGUAAUUGUUAGAGAUAUAGAGGUGUUUAGUCUGUGUGAACAUCACAUGGUCCCUUUUACUGGUAAAAUAUCUAUCGGUUAUAUACCCAAUAAAUUGGUCUUGGGAUUGUCCAAACUAGCUAGAAUAGCCGAAACGUUCUCUCGAAGAUUACAAGUUCAAGAGAGAUUGACAAAGCAAGUAGCUCUGGCUGUUGAAGAAGCCAUAAGACCUAGAGGUGUAGCUGUUGUGAUGGAAGCUUCACACAUGUGCAUGUCAAUGAGAGGUGUACAGAAACCUGGUGCUACCACUGUUACCAGUACGAUGCUUGGAUGUUUCAGAUCGCAGCAGAAGACUAGAGAAGAGUUCCUCACACUCAUCAGAACACCCAGUGUCACUCAUCGUUGA